AUGUCGAGGCUGUCAUAUUGCAGAAUCAGGUGGAUACAUUGCAUUGGCAAUUGAAACAGACCGAAACAAACUGCGAAAUGUACCGCGCCGUAAUGGAGGAAGUGGCCCGUUUCUUUGAGCGUUACCAACAGCAGCAACAGCUCCAGCAGAUCCAUCGCAAUGGAGAACAAAUUGCCAGGUCCAAGAGUCUCCAUCAUGUCCAUGGAGUUGGUAACAAUACCUCGCUGCAGAGUGAUGCCCGGGAUGAUGAUGCCUCGAGUGCUGGGUCUGCCUCAUAUCUGCGAGCCCGGAGCAGUACCAAUUUGAUGUUGAAUAAAUCGAUGCAUGCCAUGAAUGAAGAGCACAAUUACGAGACCAUUGCGCCAGCUGGAAGCUAUAAUGCCUUUAAGGACUUUACAUGGCGUCGCUCACCGAAGAAAACCGGAGCAAAUGGUGGCUGCAAGGCGCGUCUAUCAUCGCCGGAGGCUGCGGAGGAGAAGCUCAAUCAGGAGGCCUUCCGUUUGGCCAGGACCAUUAGGAAUCUGCUGCACACGUCGGAGCAACAGCCGGAUCUCACACAGCCACGUCACUCACUGGCCUCCAUUGCCUCCUCGCUGCCUUCGGGAAAUCAUCGCCUGUGCAAGGGAAAAACCAGUUCGGUGAUGACACUGCUGACGCCACCAUUGCACAACUCCACCAGCAUCAUGAAUGCCACUCUGGAGGCCCCCUCGUCAGCUGCUAAAUCCAAUGCAGAGCUUAUCUUUUUGCGGGCCAACAAUAUGAGGGAUUCGAGGCUCUCGCUACGCAGUUCCACCGACAGUUCCGUCCAUUCCACCAUCUCUCGACGGCAUCCUCUUCCUCCAAGGUGGAGACGGAUGAGGAGACCCAGAGCAAUGGCAACAGCAAAGCCACAACCACCGCCAGCAAUGCGCCAUGAGCAACAUGAAAACCAGUAACAGCAAUAAGCAGAGCGGUUCCAGCACGGAAGAUGAGAGCGGCUUCAGUUCCAUCAGCUCCUUUCAUGACGUUGGCUGCCAUUGAGCUCCACUCUAAUGAAUGGCACCGCCCAGCGACGCCUUUCCAUGUGCUCCGACAGCCGCAACUCAACGCUAAAUCGGGCUUGAAUGUGCUCGGACUGCCCCUUCAGUCCCAGACUCAGGUUCAAGUGCAGGUUCAGGCUCAGAUUACGGCCAGUCAGUCGCCGUCGAAAACUUAUCGCAAUGCGAAUCGCUAUCAGCGAUUUUCGACUCUAUCAAACGAAGAUGCAGCUGCCGUUCUGUGGGUUUAGGCGGUCCCACAAGAACUCUUUUCGAAAAGCCGCCCAGAAAUGCAUUUGAAAACUGGAUUUGAAACCAACAUUUUUUAAGUUGUAUACCCCACGUAGGAUUUUAAUUUUGUUUUUCUCUAGUGCCUUCGCUUAAGUUAAAGUUUUAGUUAACAUCACUUCUGAAACAGUGUAUAAUUUUCAACUUGUUUAUAUAUCGUUUAGUUUUUGUAAGGACCAAAAAUGCGCAUUUUUUAUGUUAAUAACCAGAAGAUACUUAUCUAUGUGUACAUUUCAGUUGCUCUAAGUUUUUCAGUAUUUAUAAAUCAAUAAACAUAACUUAUACGAUA